AGAGAGAGAGAGAGAGGGAGGAUCUAAAUCUGUCACACAUUUUUGGCCAAUAUCUCUGCAACGUUCUAUGGUUAGGCCUUCUGGAACCCCCUGUAAGCUCAUAGUGGACGAUUUAAAUAUAAUGUCGAUCGAACUCAUCCUCUUCGUGGCUGAGUCCUUGAUUUCGUCAUCACAAUGGCCAAACCUUCUGUUCUCUCUCUUCUCUCUCUCAUCGCCGUCAUCUCCGUCUCCGCCGCCGCCGCCGCCUCCGCCUCCUCCACCUCAAACUUCAUCAAAACCUCCUGCAGCACCACCACAUACCCUCCUCUGUGCUUGAAAUCUCUCUCCGACUACGCCACCACCAUCCAACAAGACCCUUACAAGCUCGUCCAGACCGCUCUUUCCUUCUCCCUCAACAAGACCGUCGAGACUCGUGCCUUCGUCUCCAAGCUCCGAUCGGUCUCUGGCCUCAAACCCAGGGAUCUCACCGCCCUCCGAGACUGCACCGAAGAGAUGGCCGACAGCGUCGACCGGCUCGGCCGGUCGUUGAAGGAGCUCAAACUGUGCAAGCCUAAGAGCGAGGACUUCACGCGGCACAUGAGCAAUGUGGAGACCUGGGUGAGCUCUGCUUUGACGGAUGAGAGUGCUUGCAGAUAUGGGUUCGCCGGAAAAGCUUUGAACGGCCGGAUCAAGGCUUCUAUCAGAGCUAGAAUGGUUAAUGUUGCUCAUGUUACAAGUAAUGCUUUGUUUCUUAUCAACAAGUAUGCGUCUGGCAAUUACUGAGAUAUAAAUUUAUAUGUAGUUCAUGUAGAGGAAGAUGAAUCUCUCUAUGGUUUGAUGCUUUGUCUCUGUGCCUGGACUUAGCUUUUGGUUCUUGCUUCCUCUUUUUUUUUUUUUUUUUCUUUUGA